GGCACAAACUAAACUGUAUGCUCGUACUUCCUGAAAUCGCUUACACACGUGGGCUUCCGAACUCUGCUCACGUUGUCGCUUCUUACGGUCUGUAAAUAACAUAUAUUGAUUAUUUGUGGUCACAUCGUCAUAUAAUUUUGACAACAUGUCGACAAGUGAGAAAAUAACACCAAACGAAGGACUGAGCGCCGAAGAGGACGAGUUGCCUCCUCCGGUUGUGACUCGGACUCGUAGCGGGCGCAGAGUACGGACCCCAGCUGUGUAUCUCAACUCCGAAGUACCGAAGACUCCAACACGCCGAACAAGGAAAUCUGUCAUUCAAGAGCUACCUAAUGAGAACCAGACGGAACCCGAACCAGAGGUUGUAGUCGUGGAACCAGUUGCCGACAAGACUCGUGCGAAAAAACUUCCAAGCAGUGAGUCCAAAUCAAAUGCAUUGGCAACAGCUGAGGCAUGUCCAAAACUGGUCAAGUCAGACACACCUGUAGGGAAAUCAUUAGGUGCCGUUAUUCCAGCUGUGUCACAUCAGUGCAACGAGAAGGAAAACAAGGUUGGUCCCGUACCAAUGGAGACUGUUCCGCACCGCCCAAAUAAAACGGCCAAAAAGAGGACUCGUUCAGAGUCAAAUGAGAAACGUGUCACGAUACCUUUGGGUAAACCGAAAUCUGGACGGGUAUGGAAAGACCGCAACAAGCAAAGGUUCUCGGCUCUUGUAAGAGAUAAGCCACUGUGCACCUCCUGGGAGAAGAAGAUGGUGGCCAAGCGAGAGAAGGAGCUGGUGAAGAAAUAUUCCCUGCAACUGAAGGAGGACAAGGCCAGGGAGAAAGAGGAAAAGAGGAAGAGGCAUGAGGAGAAUUUGAAAAGGCGAGCUGAGAACGAGAGGAAAGGGGAGGUUGUGCAAGUGAUCCGGAACACAACAAAGAUCAAGAGGAUGAAGAAGAAACAGCUGAGGAAGAUAGAGAAGAGGGACACACUUGCCAUGCUGCAGAAAUCACAGCCCAGGAACCCAAAAUCUGCACGGAAAGAUCUACACAGUGCCUAGGGGGUUGGGCCAACGCUGUGUGAGGCUGCUAGAACUGGAGAGCAUGAGCAGCAAACCCUUUCAAAACAAGUAACCGUCUGGAGCAUUGCAGAUGUAAAAAGUGCCUCCUACCUCUAUUUUGUGGAAAUCCAAACAUGGGCUGGAAGAAUUAUUUACUUGACCUCUUACUAGGUUUACUGUGGUGUAAUGCAAUGUUCCAUUAAACAAAGCAAAUUGUUAUACCA